UAUUAUUUCGGUGAAAAUUGCCGAAUCGAGUGCGAUCAAAGUGGUGCAUGGAGUUUCUUUCUCCUUGCUCGUCCUGUUACUCGCGACCUGUGUUCACCGAAGAAAAUGACGAAAAAGGAGACUGUGUUGCGGGGCAAAACGCCGGUCACGAUGCUGCAGGAGAUCUGCAUGGGCAAGCGAGUCCCAACGCCGACGUAUCAGUACCUGGGUGAAUCAACCUCCCCGCUCGGUCCGAAUGUGAAAACCUUCCAGCACAAGGUCCUGACGAUGGGCCAAGAAGCGAUGGGGUUGGGCCGAUCCAAGCAGGACUCUAAGCAUGAGGCGGCCUGGCAGAUGAUACGCCUGCUGCUAGACAUUCCGCCCGACGAGGAUGAGCGUGAAGGGGUGGUCAGUUCCGGAGGCACGGCUGAAGAUGCACCGCUGGAUGUUGGGAUCGACAAGGUGAGCCAGGUCCGGGAUAUCUGCGUGCAGCGCAACUUUCCCCUGCCCGAGUUCGAGCUGGUACGCAGCUACGGCCCAUCGCAUGCUCCGGUGUUUGAGUUCGAAUGUCGCAUCCGUGACAUUGUACGCCGUGGUUCACACUCGACCAAGAAGGGCGCAAAGCAGAUCGCAUGCCAGGAAAUGAUCAAAACACUCCAGGCCAUGCCGGUGGAGGAAACCAGUUUACAGCUGGUCACGAUCGAUACGGCCAUCGCGCAGGAUGAGAACGACAUGGAGAAAGUUGUACAGACGUACCGGGAGUACAGCCAAUCGGACAACAAGAAACGGUUGGGUGUAUCGAUCGCGGAACGGUACAAGUUCUUCCAGGAGCUACCGGAAUCGCGAAUCGCCGAAGCUCUCACGGUGAUGGCCAACGAAAACGAGACGGUGCGCGAAAAGUGCUAUCGCAUUCCGCAGGCCCUAGGCCUCAAAUACACCAUGAAGGAGCACGAUACCAACGUUACGACGACUCACGGUGGAUAUAUGGGUACUUUCGAGCUGAACAACUCGGAAUACGAUUGUUUCAUCAUCGGCUACGGAGACGAGCUGUUUUAUAAUGUGUAUCGUUACUUCUGCAAUAUGUUAAAUUAUACACAGCCACCGAAUGUGGAAGAAGAUCUAAUCAAGAAGAGCGAACCUUUUAUCAUGACUUGGAUGCAAUUCUCAGAGUUGCCUGAAGAUGGACCUACUCCUAGAAAGAGAUCACGCAAGUGUUGAGUAGGGCAGCUUCUAUUUGCUCUAGAUUUAAAUUAUUUUUUUAACACAUCGGAUAAGCCGUAUGUUCCUUUUAAAUUAUUGUAAACUUAUGUUGUAAAUGCUGCGAGCAUCAACAACGCUCGGUGUUUGUUGGUACGCCUUUGGUAAUAGGUUCGUUGCUCGAAGCUAAAACCAAUUUACCAUGAUCUAGCAUGUUUUUUUCUCAUUAUUCUUUAUAUGAAACAAUACAAUUUAUU